GACGUCUUUUGUCCCCACAUGAAUUUUUGUGUUGCGUCAUGCAAUUUUUAAGGAUAAAGAGAAAGCUAAACGUGGAUAAAGAGAAAGUUGAACUAGAAUAUAGAAGAAUAUAGAUAAAUUUAUAAAGGAUAUAAGUAAAGAAAAAAGGGAAAGAAACAAGAACCAGGGGAGAUAGAGAAUCCUGUGUCAUAUAACUCUGGGGUUGAAAACACCUAAAUCUUAUAUUACGGAAACAUUGAUACUCGUUAUUUUUUUCAACGAUUUCAUUGGAUCAUAUAAGAUGUUUAGCGAAAGUGACGAAGGAGUUGUAUCGGAUCUUGAUCAAACUUUUGCAAAAGACUUGCAUAAUUUGCCCCAUGUUUUAAAAUUUAUCCAUAAACUAUGUAAUCGUAUUGAUGAACAACAGAAGACAAUCGACCAACUACAAAAAGAAGUAAAAAAAAAGAAAAACUCACCUUGUAUAAAAACCUAUAUAGAUUGUGGAAUUCAAACCAAUCUUUUCGAUUUUAAUGAAUUAUCACAGGAUUGGGAUGUUAACCAUGAUAUUGAAUCAUCUAGUAUAGUAGAGCAAGUGAAACGAGCAGCGGAAUCAGCUUUAUUACAGACUGGUUUUGUUUAUGAACAAACAUCGGGAAUGUAUUAUGAUUAUACUACUGGAUAUUAUUAUGAUACAAAACAAGGUUUAUAUUAUGAUGGAAAUACUGGAACAUAUUAUUACUAUGACGAAUCUAGUAAUACUUAUCAAUUCCACAGUCAGAUCUAUGUAAAUAAUAUUCCUACGCAUUCUUUAAUUUUACCAGAAAAGAAAAAAUAUGAAAAAACAUACAAGGAUAACGUAAAAAAGCGAAAAUUUAAAAAUGAAGAAGAAAAUUCUCAGAAAGAGGAAGAUAAAGAACCUGAAGAGGGUGAAUGUUCCGAAAGUGAAAGAGAAACUGACAAUACUUCGUAUGAAAUUAUUCCUGAUGUAUCGACGAGUAGUGAAAGCGAUGAUGAAGAUCAAGAUUUAGCGAAAAAUUAUCCACCAUGUAUGAGAAUUAUUGUCAAAGAAACAGACUUGGAAGAAUUAAAAUUAGGUUCUCUUUUUCUUGUAACAUAUACGGGAGGUUCGCUAGGCCGAGAAGGAGAUCACUCGGUGCUAAUACCGGAUAUAAAUAUUAGUAAGUAUCACGCACGUUUUGUAUACAACGAAACUAGAAAACGGUACCAAGUGAUAGAUUCUGGCUCGAGAAAUGGUACGUUUAUAGAUGGCAAAAGACUAUCGGUUGCUAAACAGGAAUCCAAACCUCAUGAAAUAAUACAUGGCUCGGUUAUUAAAAUUGGCGGAACAAAGUUAUUAUGUCAUAUUCAUAAUGGAAAUGAAACUUGUGGUCAUUGUGAACCAGGUCUUGUUCAACGAAACGUUAAUCUUAGCGAAAAUAAAGCUUCGAAGAAAAAACUUUAUAAGGAAGAAUUGCGACGUUUGAAAUACAAAUUUGGAAUUGACAAAGAUAAUGUAGCAUUUAAUUGUCAAUUAUCUUCGAAUUAUCAAGACAGAGCGCAAGCUAGAAGAUUAUAUGUAGGUUCCUCAGAUCCUCAUGCUAAGACGCAACAAAGUUCUAUUCACACAUCAAUAACAAAGGACAACAUAGGAUUUAAAUUACUUUCGAAGAUGGGUUGGUCCGAAGGUCGCUCUUUGGGCAAGGAUGGAGAUGGAAGAACGGAACCUUUACCUCUCAUGUAUAAUCACAACAAAGUUGGUCUUGGAUCCAAUAAAAUGGACUUUCCCAACAUUGAACUGGAUUCCAAUGUGGAAAAGAAACAAACGGUAUGGCGGAAAACACAAAAACGUUACAAGGAAAUAAUGGAUUAACUUCUUAUAAAAAAUUAACUUAUGAUAACAAACUUGUUCCAUACAAACAGUUGGAAAUAAAAAUCCAAUCAUUUCUUUAUAUUAGAAAAGUAAAAUGUAUUAUUUAUUAUCUGUCUAACGGUAUUGUAAAUUUGUCCAAAUACAAGAAUGAUUUUGAAUUUAAAAAA